GGUGUUGAGUCCCCGCCCACUCCUGUGUGUCGAGCGCGGAUUUUUGAAAAUAACGACUGGUUCAGUAGCGUAAACAAACAAGUAGGAUCUUCUGCUGCUCAUGUACACAUAUUGUGAACAUCAUGAUGUCCAUUACUGAUCCAAACAUGAGUGACGGCUUCACCAGUGCCAUGGAGGAGAUCCACAACGAACAGCUGAAGACGUGCGGGGAGAUCUUCGACCAGACGACAGAGCUGUGCCAGUCCCACAGAGAGUUUGUGAAGUCUGCAGUAGAUACGUGUUUAAAGAAGUGUAAGGAUGAUGAGAUGCUGUUUGAGACAAUACAAACAUUCAAAAGAGACUUGGUACAAACAAGUGCAUCAUUAAAAGCGAAAAGGCAUGCCAUUUCUGAAAUGAUAUCCGAGAUUGAGCAGAAGGAGAUGCAGAAAGAAGACAUCAUCCAGAAGAUAGAGAAACUUAAAGAAGAACAAUUCAAGAGAAAAGAGUUAAUUCUGUCUCAACACAAGGCAAACAAAGACAGACUGAAGUAUCUCAAGAAAGCCAGAGGGGUCUUUCAAGAUCAUUUGGCGAUGGAGAUACGAACAAUCUCUGGCAAAACACAACUGGUUAAAGGUGAAAAGCUGCAGUUUGUUUUCCGGAAUAUCAACCCUUCAGAUCUGAACAGCGCUUACAUUGUCACAUUGGGCAUCAAUCAAGACAGAUCAUACCAGAUUGUUUCCAGUGACCCUGUGCUCGGGUGUUUGCCAGUCCUGGAGAGCCAGCUUCAGAAGACCAAUAAGUUUCCAACAUUUCUGGCUAGCGUCAGAAAGGAGUUCAUUUCUCAGGCACGCCGCUGAGAUUGGAAGGAUGGGAGAAAGAUAUAGCAUGCGAUGUGGACUAAUGUUGAUCAAAGCUUUCAGCCUGUAUCUACAGUACAGAUCUGCGAACA